GGUCAGUUGGUCAAAAUCCGCCCAAUUAGAGGAAUUUUGGUCAAAAUCCCCAAUUAAAGUUUUCCCGCGAGAUUUCUGAAAAUUUAGCUCUCCUGAAAACCCCUCUCCUCCAUUGUCGAUAAUUACAGUCCUGAUAUGUUUUCGCCAUAGAGAAAUUAGGGUUUCAUUUCGCCAUCCCGAUCAAAUUGGAACAGGAAGCGGAAAUGGGUAUUCAAGGGCUUUUGCCGUUGCUGAAAUCGAUUAUGGUUCCGAUUCAUAUCAAGGAGCUCGAGGGUUGUACCGUCGCCGUCGAUACAUACUCAUGGCUGCACAAAGGAGCUCUAUCUUGCAGCCGAGAGCUCUGCAAGGGAUUACCCACCACGAGGCAUAUUCAGUACUGUAUGCAUAGAGUGAAUUUACUUCGCCAUCAUGGAGUGAAGCCUGUUCUUGUCUUCGAUGGAGGUCCGUUACCGAUGAAACUAGAACAAGAGAAUAAGCGUGCUAGGUCCAGAAAGGAAAACCUUGCACGUGCCCUGGAGCAUGAAGCAAAUGGAAAUUCCUCGGCUGCUUAUGAGUGCUAUCAGAAAGCUGUAGACAUUUCACCUUCUAUUGCACAUGAGUUGAUACAGGUUCUGAGGCAGGAGAAUGUCGAUUACGUUGUUGCUCCUUACGAAGCCGAUGCACAGAUGACGUUCUUGGCUAUUACUAAGCAAGUUGAUGCGAUUAUCACCGAAGAUUCUGAUCUUAUUCCUUUUGGCUGCCCAAGAAUCAUCUUUAAAAUGGACAAGUUUGGUCAUGGUGUUGAGUUUCAAGCCUCCAAGCUACCCAGAAACAAGGAGCUCAGCCUUUCUGGAUUUUCAAGCCAGAUGCUUCUCGAGAUGUGCAUAUUGAGUGGCUGUGAUUAUUUGCAGUCACUUCCAGGAAUGGGACUCAAAAGAGCUCAUACACUCAUAACAAAGUUCAAAAGUUAUGACAGGGUAAUUAAGCACUUAAAGUACAGCACAGUUUCAGUUCCUCCUCUUUAUGAAGAAUCAUUCAAGAAAGCUAUGCUGACUUUUAAGCAUCAACGGGUCUAUGACCCAAAAACUGAAGAUAGUGUACACUUGUUUGACAUAUCUGAAGACCUUGGCGAUGAUUCAGAUUUUGUAGGCCCAUAUCCUUUGAGACAAGGUAUAGCACUGGGCCAGCUUGAUCCGUUCACACAGCUGCCGUUCCAGGCCGAGAGUGUUACUCCUAAAUUGGCUGUUGAUGAUGGUUCCCGUCCCAAAAGUUUCAAACCUGAAAAUCUGAAGAAAAAGCUUGAUUUGCCAGUUCAGAAAAACCUUCUCACCAAGUAUUUCUGCUUUGCAUCUGUUGAGGCAAAAAGAAAAUUCAAGGCUCCGAGGAUAUCACCAAUGUCUCUGACCCCAACAGAGGAGUCUCCAAGCACUCCUGAGGAUAAUGCAACAGAUGUGGAUGCUCCUUCGAGUCAGACAACAAAUGAUUCCCCGGUUUACUGCUUGGGUGAGAAUACUAGCAAAGUUGCAGAAAAAAGAGAGUCACCCGACGAUGAUGCAAUGGAAAGGAAUCACAAAGACCUUGAUCAUAAUUACGUCGAACCGCAAGUGGAGAGGCCGAAGACGGAUGGUUUGAAUGUUGUAGUAAGAAGCAAGUAUUUUAAGCAGAAGCAGGAGGAAAAAAGGCUUAAACAAUCGAUUCCAUAUCUCAAGGAUUGCUCUGUGAUUGGUCAGAGAGAGACUGGUAAAACUGUGAUUAACAAGUCAAGCGCAUCGGGAAGAGAAGAGAGUGUCAGAGAAGCGAGUAUCUCCGCCAUGAACGAAGUAGCUGAGAGAACAACAAACGUCCACGAGAUAAACCACAAGAUCGAUAAAGAAGAACAGAGCCCAUCUGUUGAGAUCCUUUCCGCCUUUAGUUCUCCCGAGAAUGUUACACCUCUCUCUUCCAUUGCUACUAAUGGUUUUCGUGGAGCUCCAACAGGGAAAAGGAAGCUUGACUCAGAUGAUAACCUUCAGAAGGAAAAUUUGAACCCCAAGCGCAUGCGCAUGGACGAAACCGAUCCUGCUGUAAAUGCAGAAGCAUCAUUUGAAACCGAAGAUGUUGAGAAGUUUGGAUCCAACAUUUCACACAUAGAGCAUUACUCAGAAAUAGCAGAGAAAUCAGUGGAAAGAUUUGUCUCAGCUAUAUCAUCUUUCAGAUAUUCUGGAUCUGGCUCUCGUGCUAGCGGUCUCCGUGCACCUCUCAAAGAUAUCCACAACUCUUGUCCGUCCAAAGGGUUAUCUCCUAAACUAGACUUCAGCAAGUUUGGUUAUGCAACGAGCAGCGUGGCAAAGUCAAGGCGAUUGUGAGCUCAGAUUUGUAAAUUAACCAACUCUAUAGUUCAAAAUGUGAGAAAUUUUAUCAGAAGCAAAGGCUUUUGCUAAACAACUUUUUGGUCGCAUUAUAUUGUUGUUGUAUUGUGUAUCUCAUAGCUUUUCACUACGCAGAGGUAGAACAUUCUUGUUCAUAGAUUCAUAGGUUGGGGAAACAACUUUCAACUUGUAAUCUGCUGGAAAAUUAGUUCUUUUGUUGAUAUUUUCUUGAGAAGUUACAGAUCAUUUUCAUAA